GAAAUGGAAACAGGUUCGGAUAAUUUCCCUGUCGUUUUUCGUGCGGCUACCGCUUCGGAUAGGGAGGACGUUCGAGACGCUUUGGGUCGUUUCUUCUUUCCCGAAGAACCGAUCACAAUCAGUUACUACGGUGGAAGUGAGGUAACUGCAGACGACAUGAAUAACUCACUGUCACUGAUCGAUGAUGGCUUCGUAACGCUGGCAGUGGAUGGCAACAGUGAUAAAAUUGUCGGCAUCUCGGCGGGAUCUCUGAUCGAACCCAACGAGGCAGAAAAGCUGAUGGAUUUAGCUUCGAAUGCGGAAACGGUAAAAUUUGCUGAUAUUCUACAUUUUCUUGCUCACAUGGUCAACCAAGCUGACAUCUUUCAACGAUUGGCCGUGACAAAAGUGUACCACAUUCACAGCCUGGCAGUGGCACCGGAAGUUCGUGAAAGAUCUCUAGGAACGCUUCUAGUUAGGAAACAGUUUGAGCAGGCCCGCCAAUGUGGGGCUCAAGCGGUGAGCACCGAUGCUACCGGCGUACAUUCAGCCAGAAUUUUCAAAAAACUAGGAAUGGAAAAUGUUUAUUCGAUCUCGUACGAAAAGUAUCGAAACGCGUCUCAUCAGCAGGUAUUCGUCGGAAAAGAACCCCACCUGGAAGCUACUACGUUUGCAAUGUUAAUAGGGAAUCGCACUGAAAUUGACAAAUAAAGAAAAU